CAGCCUCCCAUAGUGCUGGGAUUACAGGCAUGAGCCACCGCACUGGGCCAUAUUACUGCUGUCAUUUAUGGCCAAAAGUUUGCUCAAACAUUUUCCAGUUACCAGAGACACGUCUCAAGGGUCUGACGCUGUGAAAACACCGCGUGUGGAUCAGGGGCACACGCUGAUGCUCGCCAUGCUCAGGGCUAUCCACUGUUCCCUGCCAGAACCUAUGCAUGUGUGGUGAGAGCUUAAAGCAAUGGAUGCUUCCCCCAAUAUGCCGGACACUCCUGAGGAGCCUGGCAGCUGCUGGCCAUGCCCUGUGUGCAUGCAGGCGGUAGGGAAGUGGGUGAAGGAGAGCGGAACCUUGAUUCAGAUCAUCAGACUGCUUAACCGCUGAAGCAAAAGGGGUAACUUUUUCUCAAUCAGCAGAAUGACAUCAUGAUGGGGAAAGGGCUCCCCAGAUGGCUGGCGAGCAGUGUGUGUCUGUGACCCCGUCUGCCCCACCCCCUGAACACACCUCUGCCGGCUGAGGGUGACACAACCCUGUUCCCUGUCGCUCUGUUCCCGCUUAUCUCUCCCGCCUUUUCGGCGCCACCACCUUCUUGGAAAUGAGUCAGAGCAAAGGGGAGGGGGCCCAGACCACUGCCUCCCCUGGCAGGCCCCAUAAAAGCGACUGUCACUGGGUCCCAGACACCAGAGCAAGCUCAAGACCUAGCAGUGGGACAGCCAGACAGACGGCACGAUGGCACUGAGCUCCCAGAUCUGGGCCACUUGCCUCCUCCUCCUUCUCCUCCUCGCCAGCCUGACCAGUGGCUCCGUUUUCCCACAACAGACGGGACAACUUGCAGAGCUGCAACCUCAGGACAGAGCUGGAGCCAGGGCCAGCUGGACGCCCAUGCUCCAGAGGCGAAGGAGGCGAGACACCCACUUCCCCAUCUGCAUUUUCUGCUGUGGCUGCUGUCAUCGAUCAAAGUGUGGGAUGUGCUGCAGGACGUAGAAUCUUCCUGCCCUGCCCCCAUCUCCUCCCUUCCUUAUUUAUUCCUGCUGCCCCAGAAUACAGGUCUUGGAAUAAAACGGCUGAUUCUUUUGUUUUCCAAA